AUGGAGUCACCUUCUCGACCUGCUCGAAAUGCAGCCGUCUGUUUAUGUUUUGCCCUCGCUCUUCUCCUCGUCGUCCUAGUACUUUGCACGGAUCCGCCCUGCACUCACCGCGGUCUUUCGACUCUCGAAUUCUCGUCGCUCGCACCCUCCUUCGGCUGUAACUUCCCGAUUCUAUCCCCAAUCGCAUCCCUCGUUUCUUCCUCGCUCCGUCCCUUCCCCCCCCCGACGCUCGCCUAUUCCACCCAUGGCGCCGAUGCAACCCCUUCCGCGCAGCCUGAUUCUCCGUCGCACGCGGCGAUACGCGACCCUCUCGAUCGCGCCUCGCACUCGUCGCAGCUGCGUCGCCCGUCACCGCAGUCGCACGGUGUGGGUGACGCGUCGGCGAUUCUCCCCGAGUACCUGGGCCACGUGGCGACGGGCGGCGAGGGCCUCGCGUGGGGCGACAGGUGCUUCGAGCAGGUCACGGCGCGACUGGCCGUGCGCGCGGGGAGGCUUGGGCGCACGGGAGGGGGAGGGGGAGGAGGAGGAGGCGGAGGAGGAUUAAGAGGAGGAGAGGCCGUGGGGAUGAGGAGAAGCGUGAGAAACGAGGGUUGGGAUGUGCCAGAUGUGGGAGAGCGGGAAGAUGGGGAGGCGAGGGCAAGGAGGAGAGUGAUGCGAGGCGAGGAAGGGGGAAGGGAGUGGGUGGUGGCGAUUCAGCGGGAGCCAGGGGCGGAGGGAGAGGGCGGGUCGGAUGGGGCGAGGGUGAGGGCGGUGGAUGGACGACAGGCUGCAGCGACCGUCACUCUCUCUCCGCGUGGCAAGCGGCGCAUGCUGUGCACGGACGUGUACGCGCUCGCCACGCCGUUCCACCUGGUGGUGCGCGUGCUGCCCCUCGCCCUGCCCCACACCAUCACCGUGCCCUGGCCCGCCAUGGGGCCGCUCGAGAUGGACUAUGUGCAGCAGCGGGGCGUGGCUGUGUUCCGCCUGCCGCACGGGCUGUGGGGGGCGGUCAAGGCGCUGCUGCAGCUGCUGCCGCUGGCGUCUGACAGCAGCGUGGGCGAGGCGGCUCAACUGCGCUUCCUGCAGCAGCACAUGCACGCCUCCUUCCACCCCCAUGUGCCCCUCGCUCCGCCCCCAGACCUCUCUCUCCCAGCCGCCACAGCCUUCCUCGCAAGCGGCGAUCUGGUGCUGACGAGCAAGUUCCGCGGGCCGUGGGGCCUCUUUGAGACCAUUGAGAAGUGGGUCACCGGCAGCUAUGCCGCUCAUGCUGCCCUGCUGCUGCGGAGCGAGGAUGCAGGGGCGGGUGCGGGUGGGGAUGGUGAUGGGGUUGACGGGGGUGAGGGCGCUGGGGAAGGGGGAUUGGGGGAUCUGUGGGUGGCCGAGAGUGGGCGGAUCAGUGUGGCAGGGCGGCCAGAAAUUGCAGUGGAGCGGUUUCCAGAGUGGUGGAGGCGGAUGCAGAGGGAUCCGAGUGGGCAGCACGUGGUGGUGCUGCGGCUGGGGGAGGAGGGGCGGCGGCGAUGGGACAAUGGGCGCGCGUGGGCGUUCGUGCGGGCGAUGGAGGGGCGGCAGUUUGGGUAUCACAACAUUAUGUUCAGCUGGAUCGAUACACCUGCAAACAACUUUCCCCCGCCUGUUAAUGAGAAUACUGUAAGGCAGGGCUGGUGA